CGUACAUCCUUCACAAAAUGACUUACUGGAUAUGUCUGAGUUUCCGGCUUUAGGCAGUACUAACGCAGCUUCGAAUAAUGCAUCCGCGAGCGGUCUUGGAUCAAGCUAUGCCAACACUGCAGGUUCAAAUUCUGUUUUGAAUGACAGCAGGCCACUACACCAGCAACAACCGCCACAGGAAUUCACGAUUGAUGAUUUUCCAGCUUUACCUGGUGCAUCAAAUAGUGUAGCGAAUCGUGGUGUUGUUGGUUCACAGCCAGUAUCACAUCAUCUUGUCAAUCAUCAACAAAAUAAUAUCGAUGGAUUGAAUAAUGGAAAUAAUAUCUCAACAGGCUUAUCAGCAUCCGGAAUUCAGGAAAGUCGGAUGAGCGUUGGCGGACUUAGACCACCCCCACAUCCUCCAAUUAAUUCUGUGUCCGAACAGGACAAAAAGAACUACUCUGCAAAAGCUGGAGGUACUGUACAAAUCUUACAACAAUUUCCCUCUUCAUCCUCUUCGAUGAUACCGUACUCAUUAACUGGACCUCUCACCUCAACAACGCCAUAUUCAACAUCUUCCUUAAUGGGUAUGCUACCCUCGUCAACAGGCAUAUCAAAUUUACAAUCAUCCGUAGGUGGUCCUUCGUUAAAUCCGUCAUCUUCAACAGCUGGUCUAGCAUCGGCUGAUGAAAAUAAUCAGGCUGUUGGGUUAAUUGAGCCUGAAUAUCAUUUACCGUCAUGUUACAACGUGCAACCACCACCACCAGCGCAAUCAAAAAUAGGGUCAUUUUCGGACGAGACGCUAUUUUAUAUUUUUUAUAGUAUGCCUCGAGAUAUAUUACAGGAGGCUGCUGCACAAGAAUUAUAUAACCGCAAUUGGCGAUAUCAUAAAGAUCUUCGUCUCUGGUUAACAAAAGAGCAAGGAACGGAACCAUUUACGAAAACUCAAGCUUUUGAACGCGGAAAUUAUAUCUUCUUCGAUCCAAGUACUUGGGAGAAGGUUAAAAAAGAAUACAUUCUUAUGUACGAAGCCUUAGAGGAACGGCCUACGAUGCUAAGUUCAAUGGGUGGUUCAUCGUCUUCAUCAAGUCUUUCUUCACUAUCAACACCAAGCUUACAACAAGCUGCUGCCGCCCAACAAAAUCUUGCAUCAAGCUCAAUGAAUAUGGCAAAUCUUAUGAAUUUAGGAAAUUUAUCUUCAACAGUCGGUGGUGCAAGCGGGCUAAACCCUGGCUCUCUGGCCGGUUUGGGCGCCGCAAAUCCUGCACAACUGCAGCAACUACAUCAUCAAUAUCCUACAGGAGCAACCAACUCAGGAUCACAUCAUCAAUUAGGCGGGCCCGGCCUUGUACAAGGCGGGCAUUACAUUGCACA